AUGGGUGAUCAACAACAUGAUAGGCCGAUCUUUGCUCAGGCACUUGCCGCAGCACCCGUCCACCUCCAUCUUGCCAUCAGAAGAUUACCCAUCUCGACAACUUCCACGAUUGCGACGUCGUCCUUAGCAGGGUUUAUACCUCAGAGACCUUUGCAUAUCGACAAACGCUCGUCCUACCAGAUAAGCAAGCCUACUGCUCUCCUUGAAGGUCGAGAAAGAGACGAGAGACGGAGGGACGAGCUGAUAGACCCUUUCCGGUCGGUUAGCGAGGCAAGAUCCCGGUCGUUGGCUAGGCAGAGACAGAGACAUAACGCCUACAACCUCCGGCCUCCACAUCAUACCCCAUUAUUCGUUCAUCACUCGGAUGGCUCAUCAUCACUUCCUGACGGUCAAGGAGGACUUGAAUCCUUGCGCCGUGUCAGCGGUGGCUUCUGGACCGUGGGAGGUCAAUUGACGGCACAGCUCGGACAACUAGAGGGCGUUACCUCUGCCACAGGAGGUUUGAUAGCCAGUGGAACGACUGCUCCGUUACACACAGCUUCAUUUCUCGACCAGGACACAGAUGCCGAUCAGACGGUUGGGCAUGAACGCCGUCUCGCUCUCGCUCUUGAUAUCGACCAGGCCAGUCGCAUCUUGCUCCAGGCUUCGCCAUUGGGGAAAAUCAUACAGGACCUUACACAGAAGCCUCGCAAAUUUGACUGGAGAGACAGUAGUUGGACUCGAGAUACAACAGGUGCCUCUCUAGCCUUGGAAAUCCCAGAACUUCAGCCACCUACGAGCGAAAAGACAAUGCCAUCAGUCCCCUUCCGAGUACUUGACGCUCCUCAGCUGAAGGAUGACUACUACUGCUCUGUUCUUGCUUACAGCCAUACUUGUCAUACUCUAGCCGUGGCUCUAGCGCAGAAAGUGUACUUGUGGACGGAACAGUAUGGCGUCCGCCAUCCUCCUUUGCGCCCAGCUCGAACAUCCAAUUUCGUAACCUCUCUGGCCUUCUCGUCUGAAUGUGGUGGCAGGGCAAUCUUAGCCGUUGCUCGGAACAGUGGCACUGUCACUCUUUGGAGCUUACUGGAGACAAGACCCAGGUUUGAAGCACCUCACUCAUGCGCAGCAACAUGUCUGGCCUGGAAACCAACUGUAACACCUCGCCCCUCGGUAAAUUCACAUGGAUCCCUACUUUGUGAGGAUCUUCUGGUCGGCGAUGACUGUGGCAACAUUUACUAUUACUCUUUGGAAUGGCCUGAGCACGCUCCGGGGUCGAUGUCACUCCUCGCGAAAGUUGAUGCUCAUACCCAGAACAUCUGCGGUUUGGCGUGGUCCCCUGACGGCGAGCUAUUUGUGACUGGUAGCAACGACAACCAGGCAUUCCUGUACGACCCAAAGAUCAUUAUAGAGGCUCAAAACGAAAGCAUUUCCUCAAGUACAGCCGUUGAAACCCCUGCCCGCUCAGCAACGCCUCUCCAUCGACCUGUUCCAACAACAUUAGGCCUAAUGACUCCACCAGAAAGCCCAGAGAGGAGCAGUCAGAGAAACCAGAACACGACAGCAGGUGUGAUUGCUGAGCCCGAUGAGCCUACAGAAGCCCAGGGACAGGAUACUCCACCUACGAGCCCUCCAUGGCGUGGAAGGCCUCCGAGGCGACUGCAAGCUCAGGAUAAUCGAUUGACGACGAGCCCGGAUGGCUCUACGAUGAACAGCCCCCCUCCUAUCCGAAACAGCUUGGCAGAUCCAAGCAUCCCUGGAUUGGGGAACGUGCAUGUGUACUCGUUCUACCACUCGGCGGCUGUCAAGGCUAUGGCCUUUGCACCGUGGCAGCCAAGUCUUCUCGCUACCGGUGGAGGUAGCAACGACCGCCAGAUUCAUUUUUUCCAUACAGGUUCAGGAGCUACUCUGGCGUUGAUCAACGUCUUUUCUCAAGUCACGAGCCUGGUAUAG